GCCGCCGGCGCCGCCGCUCGUGCGCACGGCCGCUGCAUGCCGCGCUAGUAUGGUGUACCCCGAGCCUACCCGCUGGGGCGCGCCCGACCCUGCGCUCGCGCCCCUCUACGAUGACGUCUACAGAGCGGACGGCGUGCUGUCGACGGUAAACGUGGUGGAAGCUCUGCAGGAGUUCUGGCAAGUGAAGGCGGCAAGAGGAGGCGGCGCGGCGGGGGCGCUAGUCAUCUACGAGUCCGUGCCAGCCGCGCACCCGCCCUAUGUGUGCUAUGUCACGCUGCCCGGGGGUGCCUGCUUCGGUAGCUUUCAGAAUUGCCCGACGAAAGCGGAGGCCCGCCGCAGCGCUGCUAAGAUAGCGCUCAUGAACAGCGUGUUCAACGAGCACGAAUCCCGGCGAAUCUCAGACCACUUCAUCGAGAAGGCCGUGGCGGAGGCCCGCGCAUCCUUCGCAGGAGAUGCCGCCGCUCACCACCAAGACCCCAGCGCUGGUAUCGCUGCCUUCAGGUUUAUGCUGGAAGCGAAUAAGGGCCGGACGAUGUUGGAGUUCCAGGAGCUAAUGACGGUGUUCCAGCUGCUGCACUGGAACGGCUCGCUGCGAGCCAUGCGCGAGAGACAGUGCUCCCGGCAAGAGGUGGUGGCACACUACUCGGCGCGCGCGCUAGAUGACGCGAUGCGCGAACAGAUGGCGCGCGAGUGGGCGGCGCGCGAACGCGAGGCCGCGGUGAGUGGCGGCGGCGUGCUACGGGCCGAGCUUGCGCGCGCAGAGAGAGAGCUCCGGGCUGCCCGACUAGCCGCGAGAGAGCUGCGUUUUCCUAAGGAGAAACGCGACAUCCUGCAACUGGCGGCGCGCCUCCAGCCGCCCCAGCAACAGUGAUCUCACGCGUUAUUUAACUAUAGUUCGUAUUAUAAGCCCUUAAGUUCCAGUUUCCUUGCCCUCGCUCUGAUGACGCAUCUUCUGUAGAUUGCCAGUAUGUUUCUGUCUCUAAACACGUGAGUCUGAACUUGUGCGUUGCUACUGUUAACCGCGCGACAUCGAGGCCUAAAUUUGUCGCGGGAUCGCGAUAAAAUUUGCGAUAUAGUUCAGUACGAACAAGGAAAAGUAUUGGAAUUCUUACAGUGUGAAUAGUGUGUCGCGCGGAUAACCGCAUCAAUGUACAUAGUUAUUAAAAUUGUAUGUAUUGGUUGUGACUUCUUGAGUCAAUAAAUUAUAAAUUAAGAUGUUUUACUUGUGUUUAGGUAGUAUUGGUUUACAAUGAGACUGAAUUAAGCGAGUUGUUAAAAAAUAUCUCCCGAUAAGUACAAUCUGUUUUGCAUUUUUUUUGGUUUUUGUUUUUGCGUGCAAAGUGCGGUUUUUCGUUAAUCGGGUUGUAUUUAUCGGGUUGUUGGUAGCUCGCUUUAGGCUCACUUGUUUUAAGAGAUUAUACUUUUUUUUAAUAUGUCAUCUAAAUUUGUUCCCUUAGUGGCUUCUUCUAUAAUCUGUAUCCCUUUGAGAGUCGUAGAAAAUGUAGAGUAGAAGUCAAUACUUGCAUUAUGUUUACUUUUCUUGUUAGUUGAUAUUAUGAAUUCCUAAGAUAAAUAAAUUAGUUUUUAACAAUA